AUGGCCGACAGCGUCAACGACAACGACAACAAGCGGGACGCCGGACGAGCAGCAACUCGACGCAGCCAGGGACCCUUCCAGCGGCAAGAGACGGCCGUCCGCCGCCAGGAGCAGCGGGCACAAUGGAUCCUCGAGCAGUUGCCCCAGGUUGAGACUGCGUCAUCUCCAGACAACAAAGCAACCAAUAAUGACUCAAGUGUAGGCGGCAGCAAGAAGAGGAAGCUGAAGGGCAAUCGCAGCAAUCCGGCACGCCAGCCGCCGCCCAAGAGACGGAAUCAUGAGGCCGGCCAAGGUGGUUCGAGCCAGGAUCCGGGGUCAGAAAUGGCAGCAGCACCUACCACGGCUGCGCAGGAGCCUCAUCGAAGCAAGCGCCGCCGUGUCGGUGACGAUGAUAGUGGCCGCGGAGGCUCGAGCUGA